AAUUUACCAACCAAGAAAACUUGAAAAUGAGCAGCCGACGGAAGCGUGCUCCUCCAGUGAGGAUGGAUGAAGAAAAGCGGCAGGAGCUUCGAUGGAACAUGCAUGAGGACAGGAGGCAUGAACCUCUCACCCUAAGUGAGGACGAGCAGGCCUGCCCACGUUCAGACUCCUCUUCAGCUCAUUGCCUCGUCCUGGACGAUAGGCUGAAGGAGGAGGUGGCUCACAGAGAUAAGAAGAGGUGUACAGAGUCAGAGACCAUCUCAAAUUCAAUUGAUACAGAAGAGACUGUGGGUAUUUCCUCCCCUUUGUUUAUAAAGUUGAAUAUUGUGAUCGCUCCCUAUCACCUAGAUAAUUCUUGGAAAGCGUUUCUGGGAGAAUUAACUCUUCAGCUUCUUCCUGAACAGAGCUUAACUGAAAAUUUUUCUGAAAGGAGUUUUACGUUAAUGAGCUUGGAAUCAAGCAGUCAGUUACUAGUGUAUGUUCAUUCAGAAUGUGGAGAUGUGCAGAAAGAGGAGAAAAGGCUCACUGAAGCGAUCAGUGCUGGGGACCAGGGUGUACAGGUGGCAUCAUCCUUUAGUCGGGACCUGCUAGAAGAUUUGGGCUGGCUGCAGAAGAAGAGAAGAAUAAAACUUUACCAAAGACCAGAAGGAAGUCAUGCCAUCAAGGUUGGAAUAUACCUUUUGGAAGCUGGCCUAGCUAAAGUAGACUUUAUGAGUGAUGCAAAUUCAAGAAUGAAAAAAUUCAAUCAGCUCAUGAAGAAAGUGAUGGAAAAGUUAUACAAUUUUAUUAUUCCAGAUGUGUUGGAAGAGGAUGAGGAAGAUUCAGAGGGUGAGCCAGAGGGACAAGACAUUGAUGAACUCUAUCAGUUUGUAAAGCGAACACAUCAGCAAGAAACACAACCUGCCCAAGUGGAUGUCCAGCAUCCUGCAUUGACUCCUGUGUUGAGACCCUACCAAAGAGAGGCUGUCAACUGGAUGCUACAACAAGAACAUUUCAGAAGUGCUCCUGCCAGUGAAAAUGCUCUGCACUUCUUGUGGCGUGAAAUUGUUACCUCUGAGGGCUUGAAACUCUACUAUAAUCCAUACACAGGCUGCAUCAUCCGUGACUACCCAAGUGCUGCACCACAGUUGCCUGGUGGAAUCUUAGCAGAUGAGAUGGGCCUUGGAAAGACAGUGGAGGUUUUGGCUCUGAUUCUGACACAUACACGACAAGAUGUCAAACAAGAUGCUCUCACUCUUCCUGAGGGAACCAUGGUGAAUUAUUUUGCUCCGUCACCUUAUUCUGGAGGAAAAGUGAAAAACAGAGAAACCCGGAAUAUGGAAUUUGAACCAAAAGUAAAAGUUCAGUGUCCCCCCACACGUGUGAUGAUAUUGACAGCUGUAAAAGAAAUGAAUGGGAAAAAAGGAGUGUCCAUCCUUUCCAUCUAUAAGUAUGUGAGUUCGAUGUAUAGAUAUGAUGUUCAACGGAAUAGGAGUCUUCUAAAACGGAUGCUGAAAUGCUUAAUAUUUGAAGGUCUUGUGAAACAGAUCAAAGGCCAUGGUUUUUCUGGGACUUUUACAUUGGGGAAGAAUUAUAAGGAAGAGGACAUAUGUGAUAAAAUUAAAAAGCAGGCAAUAGGGAGUCCAAGGAAAAUUCAGAAAGAAACCAGAAAAUCAGGAAGCAAGGACACUGAUUCUGAAUACUUGCCAUCAAACACUGAUGAUGAUGAUGAUGAUCCUUACUAUUAUUACUAUAAGCCCAGGAAGAAUCGUGCUAAAUUGAGGAAAAAGCCUGCUUCAUCCACCAGAAGAGGAAAUGGUCAGUCUGAUAUUAAUCCUGACUCAGAAGGACACUGUCCAGCUGCCAGGGACUCUGGAAUGACUGAUGCUACCAUGCCUAAAAGUGCAUGUGUGUCUGAAGUUCAGCAGGAAUCCAACCCGGAGGACCAUGCUGAAUCGCUAACACUUGGUGGUGGUGAUGUGCCACAUUGUAACAUGAGUCCCUAUAACUCUGCUGAUUAUCACUUUGAGUGCAUAUGUGGUGAACUUGGCCAGAUAGACCUUAAGCCUCGUGUUCAGUGCCUGAAGUGCCACCUAUGGCAGCAUGCAAAAUGUGUGAAUUAUGAAGAGGAGGAUCUGAAAAUUAAGCCUUUUUACUGCCCCCACUGCCUUGUUGCAAUGGAGCCAGUAUCAACACGAGCAACUCUGAUCAUCUCCCCAAGUUCCAUCUGUCAUCAGUGGGUGGAUGAGAUCAACAGGCAUGUGAGGUCAUCAUCUCUUCGAGUCUUGGUAUAUCAAGGUGUGAAGAAGCAUGGUUUCUUACAGCCUCACUUUCUGGCAGAACAAGACAUAGUUAUCAUUACCUAUGAUGUCCUUCGUUCAGAACUAAACUAUGUAGAUAUCCCACAUAGCAACAGUGAGGAUGGGCGUCGCCUACGGAACCAGAAGCGCUAUAUGGCCAUCCCCAGCCCCCUGGUGGCUGUGGAGUGGUGGAGGAUCUGUCUUGAUGAAGCUCAGAUGGUUGAAUGCCCUGCUGUAAAAGCUGCAGAAAUGGCUCAGCGUUUGAGUGGGAUUAAUCGGUGGUGCAUCAGUGGUACUCCAGUGCAGAGAGGACUGGAAGAUCUGUUUGGGUUAGUGGUCUUUCUUGGUUUUGAACCUUACUGUGUCCGACACUGGUGGGUUCGACUUCUCUAUCGCCCUUACUGCAAGAAGAACCCACAGCCCCUCUACAGCUUCAUCGCCAAGAUACUGUGGAGGUCUGCAAAGAAAGAUGUGAUUGACCAAAUCCAGAUACCACCUCAGACGGAAGAAAUACACUGGCUCCACUUUUCUCCAGUGGAGAGACAUUUCUAUCACCGCCAGCACGAGGUGUGCUGCCAGGAUGCAGUGGCAAAGCUCAGGAAGAUUUCCGACUGGGCUCUGAAGCUCAGCAGCCUGGACAGACGGACAGUCACCUCUAUCCUGUAUCCACUGCUGAGGCUCAGGCAGGCCUGCUGCCACCCACAGGCAGUUCGUGGGGAGUUCUUACCACUCCAGAAAAGCACCAUGACAAUGGAAGAACUGCUGACAUCUCUGCAGAAGAAAUGUGGGACUGAGUGUGAAGAAGCACAUCGGCAGCUCGUGUGUGCCCUCAAUGGCCUAGCAGGCGUCCACAUCAUUAAAGGGGAGUUUGCCUUGGCAGCAGAUCUGUACAGGGAAGUGUUGCGCUCAUCUGAGGAACACAAAGGAAAACUCAAAACUGAUUCACUCCAAAGACUUCACGCUACUCAUAACUUAAUGGAACUGUUAGGAGCCAAGCACCCAGGGAUACCUCCUACCUUGCGAGAUGGCAGACUUGAAGAGGAGGCCAAACAGCUGCGAGAGCAUUACAUGAGCAAGUGUAAUACAGAAGUCGCUGAGGCCCAGCAAGCGCUGCAGCCCGUGCAGCAGACCAUACGUGAGCUCCAGAGGAAGAUUUAUCCUAAUUCCCCUUGGUGGCUUAAUGUGAUCGAGAGAGCAAUAGAAUUUGCUAUUGAGGAGGAGCUUGUCCAGCGAGUGCGAAAUGAAAUAAACAGCAACUACAAGCAACAAACUAGCAAGCUUUCUAUGUCAGAGAAACUAAACCCUUUUGCAGUAAUUCAAAUGAAUGUCCCACAGCUGUACAUGCCAACAUGGAUGUACUUCAGAAACAAUUUGCUUCAUGAAUAUUGGAUGGCACUGAGGAAUCGUGUGUCUGCUGUUGAUGAACUUGCAAUGGCUACUGAACGACUAAGAGUGCGCCAUCCUCGGGAACCAAAGCCCAGUCCUCCUGUUCUUCAUAUCAUUGAACCACACGAGGUAGAACAAAAUCGUAUAAAACUACUGAAUGAUAAAGCUGUUGCUACAUCACAGCUUCAGAAGAAACUUGGGCAGCUUCUUUACCUAAAUAACUUGGAGAAGUCUCAAGACAAAACAUCAGGAGGUAUUAAUCCAGAACCUUGUCCGAUCUGUGCUCGGCAGCUGGGAAAACAGUGGGCAGUGCUGACCUGUGGGCACUGUUUCUGUAAUGAAUGCACUUCUAUUAUUAUUGAACAGUACAGCGUGGGGUCUCACAGAAGCUCCAUCAAGUGUGCCAUAUGUCGCCAGACCACAUCUCACAAAGAAAUCUCCUAUGUCUUCACCUCCGAGAAAGCAAACCAGGAAGAGGACAUCCCUGUGAAGGGCAGCCAUUCUACAAAAGUGGAAGCUGUGGUCAGAGCUCUGAUGAGAAUCCAGCUUAGAGAUCCAGGGGCCAAAGCACUCGUUUUCUCAACGUGGCAAGAUGUUUUGGACAUCAUUUCAAAAGCUCUCACUGACAACAACAUGGAAUUUGCACAAAUCAGUCGUGUUAAGACAUUUCAGGAGAAUCUGUCAGCAUUUAAACAUGAUCCCCAAAUCAAUAUUUUGCUGCUGCCCCUGCACACAGGUUCUAAUGGACUAACUAUCAUUGAAGCAACUCAUGUUCUCUUGGUGGAACCCAUAUUGAACCCUGCUCAUGAGCUUCAGGCCAUUGGGAGGGUGCACCGAAUCGGACAAACAAAACCUACUAUUGUACACAGAUUCUUAAUUAAAGCAACAAUAGAAGAGAGAAUGCAAGCCAUGCUGAAAACUGCUGGGAGGAGUCACACGAGCUCAUCAGCGAAGCACUCAGAAGCCUCCGUCCUGACCGUGGCUGACCUGGCAGACCUGUUCACCAAAGAAACUGAAGACAUUGAGUGA